AGUAAAAACAAUGGCAAGUGCUGCAUCUAAGCAAGUAAAGCCAAAUGCAUAAAUACAGAACCAAGGCAAAGGCCUUUGAUUUGUAACUGAGUAUCCAUCAUCCCAAAGCCAUGCAGGCUUUACUACCAGUGCUGAUUCUGAGCAGCAUCAAUAGACCAAAAAACUGGCAGGCUACGGGUGUGAAUGCACGUCCCGGAUUUGGCUGUCGCCAGGGCAUAGCCUGGGCAGUGCCCCUGCUCCACUGGUUGGUAGCAGCUCUAGGACAUCUUCGCUGUCCCGUUUUGUGGGUCAUAAUAAGGAGGAAAGGCGGGGGUUGUUUUGCUUUUUUAUAAAUGAGGAGGAAAGGUUUGGCUUGGUGAUUGCAAGACCUGUGAGCACGGAGAACCAGACUUCCCUUCCGGGCCAGCGAUUUAAUAGCCGGGUUCCGUUUAAAACAGCGUCUGGCAGGGACAGGCACAGCCUCCCCACCUCCCACGGCGGGGAGGCUCAACCCUAAACCUGAGGUCGAAGCGGAGAGUCCGGCCCGCGCCUGGCCUGGGGGGAAGCGGGGAACUCCCUGCCCCCCCGGACGGGCUUAUGCGGGGCCGCGAGCGCAAGGGGCUUUCCCAUCCGCCGCCCCCGCCGCGUGACUCAGGCCCGGGGGCUCGGCCGGGCCCCGCGCAGACAGCGCUGAGCCCUCGGCCGGGCAGGACCCUCGUGCCCGGAGGUGCGGCCCGAGUGGGGUGAGGUCCUGCGGCGCUGACCCGGUGCUGUACUACAGGCGCUGCCGGACUCUGGGGCCGCCGUGCAGCGGAGCGGAGCGGAGCGGAGCGGAGCUGAUGGGCCGUGGCCGCCUGCGCCUGGUGACUGCGGCGCUGCUGCUCCUGAGCGUGCGGGCGGCGCCGCCGUGCGACCAGACCUGCCCGGCAGGCACCUACUUGGACCCCCGGACCUGCGGCAGGACCAACGAGCCGUGCAAGCUCUGCCCCACGGGCACCUUCGCCAGCGAGGCCGGCGCCCGCGGGGGCUGCAUCAGCUGCCGCAUCUGCGAAGGGAUAUUCACAUACCGCCGGAGCUGCUCUGCGAUCGAGGAUGCCCAGUGCAAGUGCAAGUCAGGGUACCGCUGCACGCGGGGAGACUGCCGCGAGUGCGCCCAAAACUGCGGAAGAGGCGAGCAGCUCAUCGGGACAGGUUGUGAGACUUGUCCCUGGGGGACCUUCAAUAAUCAGAGUGAUGGGUUCUGCAAGAAAUGGACCAAAUGCUCUGGGGAUGAGGUCCUGAAGCAAGGAACUAGCACAAGUGAUGUGAUCUGCAGCCAUAUGUCAGGGAGUCUGGCUCCACCUGCCAGCACCACUUACCCCGCAAUACCAUUUUCUACCCCUGGGCCAGGGAAGAAUCUGGAGAUGGACAUUGUUCUCACGGUGGGCCUGGUGCUGGCCAUAGUAUUUCUGCUGCCUUUGGGGGUGUUUCUUAUCUUCUGGAAGAAAAGAAAACUACCUGACAUGCUCAAGAGAAUAUAUAUAACACCUGAGCAAUCAACUCAAGAGGAGGAUGCCUGUAGCUGCCGUUUUCCAGAGGAAGAGCAAGGGGAAUAUGAUGACUGCAGCAAACUGGCACAAUUCAAAGAUUCACCAAUGAAUUAGAAACUGGAUUCUGUAGGUCAGCAAAAUCUGGGUUUCCUUUCAGAACAGCUGAGAGGAACUUCAUUAUGCAUCAGGGUGGGACAGCAGGGUUAGUGACCUUCCAGUCUGCAGAUUGAACAGGUGGGGUAUGGAGAGGGUAAAGUAGUCUUCACUAAGGCCUCUCUCUUACUCAAACAGAGCCUUUUUUAAAUUAGUCCUUGACAACCUUUUCAAAUGAAGUGGAAUUAAAUUGUAUGGAGUAACUUCAAAAUGAAAGCAACUUGCUAGCUUUGCUGAUAGAGUGGGGAUACUAUUUCUACAGUACUUUGACUUGCUGUAGUAAGAAAACUAUACCAGUUAUACAAGGACCAAACUGCUUUUCUAGAGAUCUUCUAAUAAGAGAUGCCCAAGCCACAGUUUUGCUAACAUUGGAAAGACCUGAGUGUAAGAGGCUAGUAGCACUGAGUGCCAAGUAUAGUGCAAGCUGCCAGUGUGCAAACUUCCCAUCCUUCUGCUCUCCAGUGUACUUCAGUUGGGAACUACAUCACCCCUUAUCACUCCUGAUCUGGUCCUCAGACUCCAGAAGGCUAGAUGUGAUCCAGAAUCUAUAUGGAUACUGUUGCAACAUGCUGAAUCGUGUUUUUGCACUUGUGCGCGCACACCCUCAUUUGCAUGCUCGUGUGCACAUGUGCACAUGCAUGCACACCCUUAGCAGUUAACUUCUGUCCUGAUUUGCAGAACAUUUCCUAUUUAUUCUACUUUUAGUUUGUAGCUAAAAGCGCUAUGGAAAGUCAUGGUUGCAGAAUGUCUCAUAACACCCCUUCUAUGUUGUCUGAAGAACCCUGUUAUGCUAGCUCAUUUGGGAGGUGUAGUGGAAAUACUGUGACAAUCUGUGGUUGGUUUGGUCGGUGAGAAAUAGGCAAUUGAUGCGGCUGGCUUGCAUCAUUCUUGUGAUGUUAAAUUCUUAGCUUUUUCUUUAAAAAGUUUUUUUUGGGGGGGAGGUUGUAAGUGCAGUACAUAACUUGAAAAUAAACAGCACAUUUUUUCUCACAAUUAAGUGUAUUUAAAAUAAAAUACUUUUGUAUAAUACUUUUCUAUA